CAGGCUGAAAGCAAACACACACAUGAACAAACUUCAUGUUAGAGCGGAUUUGUCUGUUCCAAACCUCCGCCACCAUGAAGAACUGCAUUUUCCUAGCGCUAAUAUCCCUCCUGAAUCUUCACACUCUGCUUGUGUGUGGGGAGGAUUUUAUGCUGAUGCCUGUUGAACUCGCUCCUGUCCCCUGCAACGACAAAGCUGUGGAGAAGCUGUCUCGUCUGGCAAUCACGUACAUCAACGAGGACCGCAACGAGGGUUACAAGUUUGCCCUGAACCGCAUCACCAACGUCCACCUGCAUGCUCAGGGCCCAGCAGGUAACGUUUAUUAUCUGGACCUGGAUGUCCUGGAGACCAAGUGCCACACGCGCAGCCCGAAACCAUGGAAACGCUGUGAUGUCAGGCCAUUCAUGGAAACACAAAUCUCUGGCAACUGCAACACCACCAUCCUGCACACAGCGGAGGGUUUCUCCUACUUGUACAGUUAUGACUGUGCCCUGGUACCAGAUGCCCCAGAGAAGCUUCAGCAGACCUGCCCAACCUGCCCUCUCCUGCUUUCUGUGGACAGCCCACAGGCCAUCACCACUGCACAGAUCACUCUGGAUACUUACAAGAGGCAGUCCACUCUCGGUGCCGGGCUGGGGGUGAAAAAUAUCACCAGAGCUGCAUCUCAGGAUGUGCCGGUAAAAGCUGUCUUUGUGGAGUACACGGUGCAGGAGUGUCCAGACGGACUCACGGAAAGAGGCACCUGCCAGCGGCCAAAGCUCGACUCUGACACAGAGACUGCAGGUUUCUGUACCGGAUCUCUGCUCGGAGAUGUGAAUGAGCAUCCUGAUGCCCAGGUGUCCUGUGAGAUGUUUAAAUUGCAGAAUGUGGAUGUGGUUCGACCGUUGGAGCCACAAGGUCACGAACUCCUCCAAACCUCUGCGACACCGAUCUUUCUACCUCAGCCCGAUAACCCAGGAAAUGAUGCUCUGCCUGCACCUGCUGACCCGCCAUCCCCCACUGUGACUCAACCACAGCCGCUUGACCCCACAGCUGCAGCCCAGAUUCCCUCAGACGGCCCGACCGCGGUUAAGCCGCCUGUUCUCCUCACUUCCUCUUCCAGCGAGUCUGACGAAGUUCCUGCAAACCCUCCAAACCCAGCCAAUCCAAGGCCACUUGAUUCGUCCUCUGAAGAAACUGGAGGCCCCGUGGCUCUGCGUCCGCCCUUCAACUUCCGCUACCAAAGGCGAGACCGUAAAAAGCGACAGGCCUUGAUGGAGACUCCAUCUUCUCACCAACCAGUGUUCCUGUCUGAAUUCCCCAGCGGGACGUCACCUUUCCGGUCUUGUCCUGGUCCGUCUCGAUACGCCACAGUGUAACCAAAGCAAAAAGAAUUCCAUUUGCUUGUAUAUGAUUUACUUAGCAGAAAACCAGAGCAAUAAACUGCUCUUUUCAUUUUCAUUAAUGGCUGUUUAUAAUCUGUGCUAAUGAGGAGAAAGCUGACCCUGAAACAGUGACUACGCUCUAAGCAACUCACAAUGAAAUGGAAUCCAAAUAUUUGAAUAGAUUGUAACCAUUAAACUGUUUAAACUUUAAAAGUACUGUUAGUUGUAUAAAUGUUGGGAUCUAUUACAAAAACUGAAUAAAAAUAAAUGUUAUCCAUCUCUA